AUGAGGAACACCAAGACAAGAGUCACCAAGACAAGGAGCCGUGACAGAGACAACCAGGACAGAGACCAUCAAGAUGAAGAACAAGAUGAAGAAGACCAGGAUGAGGAACAUCAACAUGAGGAACACCAGGAUGGAGACCACCACGAUGGAGAACAUCAGGAUGGAGGCCCCCAAGAGGAAGAACAGGAUGAAGACCAGGAUGAGGAACACCAAGAUGAAGACCCCCAGGAUGGAGACAUCCAAGAUGAAGAAGAGGAUGAGGAACACCAGGAUGGAGAACGACGGAGACCCCCCAGGAUAAGGAAGACCAGAAUGGAGAACACCAAGACAAAGAACAGGAUGAAGAACAUCAGGAUGAGGAACACCAAGACGAAGACCCCCAGGACGGAGAAGGCCAGGAUGGAGACCCCCAAGACAAAGAACAGGAUGAAGAACAUCAGGAUGAGGAACACCAAGACGAAGACCCCCAGGACGGAGAAGGCCAGGAUGGAGACCCCCAAGACAAAGAACAGGAUGAAGAACAUCAGGAUGAGGAACACCAAGACGAAGACCCCCAGGACGGAGAAGGCCAGGAUGGAGACCCCCAAGACAAAGAACAGGAUGAAGAACAUCAGGAUGAGGAACACCAAGACGAAGACCCCCAGGACGGAGAAGGCCAGGAUGGAGACCCCCAAGACAAAGAACAGGAUGAAGAACAUCAGGAUGAGGAACAGCAAGACAAAGACCACCAAGGAUGGAGACCCCCAGGAUGAAAAACAGGAUGAAAACCACCAGGACAGAGACCACCAAGAUGAAGAAGACCAGGAUGAAGAACAGCAAGAUGAAGAACACCAGGAUGAAGACCACCAGGAUGGAGACUCCCAGGAUGAGGAAGACCAGAAUGGAGAACACCAAGACGAAGAACAGGAUGAGGAACACCAGGAUGGAGACCACCAAGACAAAGACCACCAGGAUGGAGAACAGGAUGAAGAACAUCAGGAUGAGGAACAGGAAGACGAAGACCCCCAGGAUGGAGACAUCCAAGACGAAGAACAGGAUGAGGAACACCAGGAUGGAGACCACCAGGAUGGGGAACAGCAAGACGAAGAAGAGGAUGAGAACCAUCAGGAUAGAAAACGUUAG